UGACGGCGCAAGGCCGCCAUGUUGUGAUUUUCUGUCCAGAGAGACAGAGACAGAGACGAGCCGGCGGGGGUGGGGGGGGAAUUGAGAAAAGAAGGAACAUUUCAGUCCUGACUAUCGUUUUGUGGCCCGGUGAAGCGCGGCUCCAUGUUAAUGCAAGGCGGGCGGUGAGCACAAGAAGUGUAACGAGGGUCCCUUCGCCAUGGCGUGCAAUGCACAGGAAGAUGAAUUUGACCAGGUUGAUAAACCAGGUGCUGAAAGACUUCGGCGAAGACGAACAGUCAAUGAAGAAUGGGACAGUGAUCUUGAAGACGAUUUGCUUAGUGAUGACUGGGGGUUGAGCAAAAAGAAUCUGUCAGACCAAUCUGACGAAGAACUUGAUGAUAACCUUUUGCAGAGCGAUGAAGAAGCAAAUGAUAGUUACCAUGCUGCAUUUAUCGACAUCAAUGCCUCGACAUCUUUUACGGGUACAUCCUUAGAAUUGUCGAAGAGUAUUGGUGACAAAUCUACAGAAGAAAUACUUCAUUAUGCAGACCGAGAUGCAGAUGAUAAAAGUGUAGCCCAUCAAGCUGUAGAGGAUGCUGGAGAGGAAGAGAUGGCAGACUAUGCUCAGGAUGAAUAUGUUGAAGAGGAAGAAGGUAUACAGUAUGAAAGCAACGACACUCAUCUAGGAGACGGCCAAAUGGAUUACUCGGUAGAACAGGGCGAAGAGGAGAUGUACAAUGAUGAAGUGUUAGACCUUGUAAUCAAUGACCCUCUAGAUGAUGAAUUUCAAGAUGAAGGAUAUUCACAAUUGUAUGCUGCAAACCAAGAUAUGCCAGGACAGCUUCAAACUGAGGGCAAUGAAGAAUUUGCAGUCAUGGCAGAUAUACAAGGGCAUGCUGCAGAAACAGUGAACGAACCUGAAGAGGUUGUGAAGAUUAUACAUGAAGUGGUAGAAAAGAAGGAUGUUUCUGAUGAUGAAGAUGAUGACGAUGAAGAAUCUGGUCGAAUUCGUUUUAAAACUGAACGGAAAGAAGGAACUGUCAUUAGGUUAACAGAUGCAGCAAGAAAAAGGAGGAAUAUACCAGACACCUUGGAACUUUCUGACGAGGCAAAGGCAGCAUUACGUGAAUUUGAGGAGACAGAACGUCAGCGGAAACAAGGAAAAAGAGGGCGAAGAGGCCGUCCAGGCCCGUUUGGUUUUUGUGAUCCAAGGAAAGAUGGUGGAAGGAGGAAAGACCAGCGCCCACCUUUGAUCCAAGUGCCUCCAACGCUGCUGAAUUCUCGUACUGCUGUAAAUUCCCCAGAUCUUCAGUCUGGUAGAGGUAAUUUUCAACAGCGACAACAGCCACAGCCCCUCCUGGUACCUCAAAGACAUCCUUCCGCAUCUCAAUUAUCCGUUUGCCCUCCGCAGCAACCAGAACAGCAGCACCAACAGCAAGAGCAACCACAGAAUUCAGAGGCUGCGUCUAUCAGUUUAAAUCAAUCAGUAAUUCCUGCACAACAACCAAAGAACAUUCAUAUAAACCCUCAUUUCCGAGGUCCAGUGGUUCCCCCUGUCCAAGUGCCCUUGAUGCCUACGCCAAACCAGCCGAGGCCUGCUGUGGGCCCCCAGAGAUUCCUGAAUCCACCAGAGUUUCAGCCACCUAUUCCAGUCCCGACUAACUUUAAUCAGCCGCCUCGGCAGCCUCUUCAGGUGCCAUGGAGAGGCCCACACCCACAAGAUAGAGAACCCUUCUUCAUUAGUGAACCAAGAUUUCAAGGACAGCAUUUGUUUGAACAGCGGAGUCCACCUCCCCCACUCAUGAACAACCAUGCAAUGUCUUUGCAACCUCCCAUGUACAACCACCCAGGUCCAGGUUUCAACUUGCAGGGGCAACAUCAUAUGUUUCCAAGGGAUGCUUCACUGAGAACUGGUCUUCAGCCCCAGGGUCAUAUGGGAAUGCCUCCCUUUAACCAACCUGGUCUAUUAAAUCCAAGGCCAUUCAUUCCUCCAAGACAACAAUUUCCACAAGCUCCUGGGCAGCCAUUUCCACCAUCUCCCCACAUCCAGCAAAACAUACAGCCUCCCAUGCAGCUGCAGCCAUUGCCGCAACACCAGAAUAGCUGUUCUCCCCAGCCGAUCAUUCCCAAUCCUCCACACCAGUUUAGGCCACACUUACAGAUUCUUCCCACGCCUGUAAAUGACAAGCGACUUCAACGGCCGCAGCGGCAGAAUAUGAUGAAGCUUCGACAUUAUUCCUCGACCUGGAUCAGCUUCACCAGUCCUAUGAAUAAUUUUGGAAACAUGUUCUUGUUGGAAAAGAAUAUACCUGGUAUGCAAAACAUCAAUAAGCUUCCAAAUCAAUUCCAGGCUUCUCCUCAACGAAACAGCAACCUCCGUGAAUUGCCUAUUGCUCCGCAUAACAGUACCACAAAACAACACCGUCCUCUGUCGGCUCCUGCUGCUCAAGCUACGACUGUUUCCUGGUCAAAAUCCACUGCCUCAUCUACAACCACUACUCGAAUGAACCAGACUGCUCAAGGUGCACUUGUUGUUCAGCCUGCAUCAGGAGAGAGGAUGCCACCGAAGAUCUUGCAGCAAAAAAACAAGAAGCAGAAGCCAGUGUCACAGGAUUCUACAGUGGGAGAGUCUCCAGACGAAGAUGAAGAAACGAGAGUGUAUCGUUUGAAAAUUGAGGAACAGAAAAGACUCAGAGAAGAAAUACUGAGACAGAAGGAGCUUCGACGGCAGCAGCAAGCUGGUGCCCGAAAGAAAGAACUUCUUGAAAGACUUGCACAACAACAGCAGCAGCAGCAGCCUCCACAACCACUUGCAGCCCAACAACCACCUCAACAACAUCAACACCAAGCAAAUACGCAACAGGCUCCCCAGAAUUUUAACCCAGCUUUGUUACAGGCUGUAAAUCACCAACAGCCAAAUAUAAAGACUAGACUGUUCACAAGAAAACAAAGUAUAGGAGUACAGCAGCAAGUCAAUAGAACUCAACAAUCUGGAAAUAUUCAAAUUCAGACAGAAAUGAGAAGAAAUGUCAACCAAAUCAAACAGAUCAGACCUGCACCCUUAAAUCAACUGCAGUUUCCCAAACUAGCCCAGUCUAAAACAGUUGGGACUCCUGGACCCAGUGUACAAUCUGCAGUCAAGUCCCAAGAAUUAAAGCCUGGUGUUAAACGGACAGUAAUGCAAAGAAUGAAUAGUGGAGGAGGGGAUGGGCCUCACAUUAAUCCCAAAAUAAGGGUACUCAAGCUACCAACAAUGCAGGGGAGCGAGAACACUGGCUUUUCUCAUCCCGAGGUCCAGCUUCAACGGCAGCACCAGCAACAACUCCAGAAACAACAGACCGUUCGGAAGGUCACAUUGACAAAAGGAGCGCAACAGCAUCGACUGCAGCAACAGCGGCAGCAGUCUGUACCACAGCUACUGGGAAUGGCAAAUAAUUUAGCCAGUCAACAGAACCGGGUCAUUAUGCAGGGGCGCAGCAUAGCAUUACCAGGCCAGAUGGGCCGAGGACGCAUGAUGCAACAUAAACAGAAUCUGCGAGUGGUGGAAUGCAGACCUCAACCAUGUGUGGUGUCAAUUGAAGGGCUUUCUUCUUCAACCACUGAUAUCCAGUUGAAAAACCUGCUGAUGUCAGUUGGACCUAUUCAGGACUUCAAGAUGAUGCGAGAGCAACGAAAAGCCAUUGCAAAAUUCAAGGAGCCGACACAUGCUUCAACGUUUCAGCAGAAAUUUCACAGGCACAUGAUAGAUCUCUCUCAUAUCAAUGUGGCACUGAUCAUGGAUGAAUGAUUAUUCUUUGAAUGGAAACAAAGCUACGUACUAGUGCAGAAGAUCAGAUCAAGUCCAGUGAAGAUGUGAUAUGGCAGAGCUACCUACCAUACAGCAAUCAAUUUCUAGCCAGUGUGUAAGCUGUCAAAUUGGUGAAACCAAAGGAGUUGACCCAAGUCCAUUGUGGGUUGAAGUAUGUAAUGACACUGAAGAAGACUGUUUGUACUCUUGUUUCUACCUGUUUGUUUCUUGUCACCAAAUGGAACAAAAUCUUGGCAAAACCACCUAUGUGGAUUGAAAAUACCACAAAGAAUGACUUAUCUGUGAACAGUGACUGAAGUAGGCACUGUAGAAGUAGUUCGGCUGCUUAUAUAAUAGAAGACGUUUACGGUGAAUAACACUAGAUAAUGGUUGCUGCAGACUUCUUUCCUUGCAGGGUUAGAUUUGUGUGAAAUACAUCCCCCUUUUUAAACUAUCUCGUAACAAUGGCAUGUCUAGCUUCCAAGUAACUCAUCAUUAUGUACAUUCGAGUAAGAAUUAAUUGGAAAGAGCCAAGUUGCAUUGAGGAAUGCAUGCUACUGACUGAGUUCCAAGUUCAUGUUAUUCCAUUCUUUUAGACCUCCUGAAUUGAGCCGCGAUAUAUAAUGUUAGAUAGAAACUUGAAGGGAGUGUAUUGGACAAGGACUUGCCUGUUAGUUGUGGAAUGGAGUUUUACUUUUGUUUGGUAAAAUCGACUUAUUGGAAAAUUAAUAAUUAAGCACAAAAAUGCUCUGUCAGUAAGAAGUCUACAUUUAAUUUUUUCAAAAGAUAUGAUUUGAAGAAAAAUGGGUUAUAUAUUCUGCUGGUUGCCUUAAUAUACCUAUCCUUUUUGUUCAGGAGUGAAUGAAAGAUCAGAUCUAGCGUUGGAAUGUGAAGAUUUUUAACCUAUGGCAAAAUAAUUUUGAAGGAUUUAACCUUCAAACGUUCAAAAUACUUGAUAUCCAACUGGGAAACGGUUUUCAUUUUUUGAGUGGAAGAGGACAAUACAAAGUUCAUUGUUAAAAUUAAAGGUUGAAGUUAGAUGCCGUUGGGUAGUUUAUCAGAGAUGCUUAAGGAGUUGCAGAAUGAAUGCUGAUACAUUCCUAUAGGUUGAUCUAUGGUUGAUUUCCCCCCCUCCCCUCCCCGUGUUAUAGACCAUGAAAUUGUGAUUGGUCUAAGGUCUAUUUCAAGACAUUGUGCAAGUGUUUUAAAUAUUUUCAUCAACCGUUGUACAUUAGAGGAUAUAUCACUGUGAUGAUAGUUGUCUAUUACUUCAUGUGAAACGUUUGAUUUUGUACUUGAGUAUUAUAAACAGCACCGAGCGCGUACAAAAAUAGAUGCAUAUUAAAAUCCAGAAUCAGGUUUUCAUUCCCCUGUCUAUCAGUUAGUUUUUUGUUUAACUAUUAUAAUGAAUCUGUUGAAUUCUUGUCACCUGCUUAUACAUAAACACCACCAUAGGCAGUGACUGCUGAGUUACUCAGUUUUCUCAUCUUAGAUUGCUGGUAGAAUUAGGCCUUCUAAAAAGGAUGGGAUUCUGCUUUGGCAGUGACACUGAAAACUGAAAGGUGCUAAGAAGCAGGGUUGCUAUUGCAGGGUACACAGGGUUGUUGAAAAUUGUUUUAGAUGCUGUUUUAACGUAUGCUCCAUAGACCUGCAGAAGUUUUUUAAAUUAGAUAUAGCAUUGUAUUUCUUACUCAGACAAUUGAGAAUUAAUUGUUGAGUUUGUGCUAAACGAGGUGCGCGACUUCCCUAUCAGUCAUUCUAUGCAACAAAAUGAAUUGCAAUCAAAUCAGGUUUCUUUGACCUAAUCAGCAUUCGGAUUAAAAUUUAAUUUAAGUGCAGCUGGAGAAACUGUUUCUACAGAUUUAUUGGUUAGAGGAACUUGGAUACUUAAUCUGUCUUGUAAUGGAACAAACUAUAUAGGUGUUAGCAGAACCAAGAUUUUAAUGUAACGUUUGAGAGAGUCAACCCUGCAGGGUUUCAUUUUGUGUAACUAUGUGAGUUAUAUCAUUUAACAGUGCUACUAAUCCCGAUUUGUCAGAUCUUGCUGUACUUUGAGAAUUUAUUAUUAUUUAAUUGCAUAUUUUGUUAAUGGUGAUUUAUGAUCAUAAACACUGGAGAUUUUAUCACUGGAGGUUUACUGACAAUGGCAGUACAAGGGCAGGUUGUAAACCCUGGUGUAAUUGAGUUUAUGCAAGUUGUUUUGGUUUUGAUCAAAUGGUCAAUACUGGUUCGGUACAAAGAUUGAAAGUAUCAUGAUGGUUUUCAUUUUCGUUUUCCCCCCCCUCCCCCCCACCAUAAACUUCUGUUGAAAGAAGUAGAAUCUUGUUGUAUGCCAUUUGUUUAAUCUAACAAAAUAGGGUCAGAAUGGAUCUGUCUCUGCUGGUUCUUUCUAUAUGAGGAACAGUUGCUAUAUCAUGAUCACACAUAGAUGGAUUGGAAGGUAUUACAGAUGGUAAGGGUCGUUGACCUUUUUUGUAGUUUUAUUUGGUUUGUAUUGUGUCACUCAUAAACUGUUAAUAUUUGGUCCUCUUUGAUAUUACACUUGCAUAUACCAUCUUCGCUUCGGAAAACCAAAUGGAUUACAACUUGUGCAUAUUCCCAGCAACAAUAUACAGCGUAUAAAUGUAAAGCAUAUAUAUACAAUAUAUAUAUAUAUACAUACAAUAUAUAUAUAUACUUGUGUGUAUACACAUACUGUAAAGUCUGCCUUUCAAUACCAAAACAGCAAUUUUCAAAGCUGAAGCUUUAGAGGGACGUGUGUUCACUUGUGUAUAUAGUCAUUUGUUAAUGGUAGUGGGAUUGUUGCCAGAAGGAAGAGAAAGUGGGGGAAUACUCACAUCACAUUAAGGAUAUAAGUGUGGUAAACCUAUAGGUGUUUAGAAGAAGAUUUGCUGCAACCAUCAUCAGUGUUGUUCACCACACAUUGGUGGAUUUCACUUAGUGUAAAGAAGCAUUUGUACAGCAGCAUGCAAGUAGAGCAAAAUGCUUUCAAGUCAUCGUCCGUGGUGUUCCAUCUACUUUUUAGACGUUUUGCAUUAGCUAAUACUUUCUGAAGUUGCUUGUGUUUUUUUCAUGUAUUUGGAAGUUUAUUGAAUGCAAUGACUAUUGAACUGAACAAGACAUUCUGUGUAUUAAUACAUUUUUAUAAAGAUCACAGUUCUUCCAUAUGUACUUUCUCCUGUUUAUUUGCAUGAGUCUUUUUACUCAGAGGUGAUAUUUUACAAACUCCUCAGUGUGUAUGUGGAGCCAAAUAUUUUUUGGGGUGUUACUGUUUUAUCGUUCCAUAUGCAGUGAAUCCUUUCUUGUGUUCGUGGGGUUGAGUUUUAAAAUGGUGUAAUUUGAAUCGAAUUGCAUAACCAUAUUCUGGAUGUCAGUGGGAAUCUUGUAAGCAGUUAGUAGCAUCUAAAUGGGCUGUCCCACACAUCGACACAGAUAAAGUUGUACUUUAUACAGCAUUGAGCCAGGACCAUGGUUUAAAGGGUUGUCGAAAAAUGUGUUAUUGGCCACCUUUAAAUCUCGUACAUGCAGUAUUCUAAAAUGAGUACCUGCCUUGAAGUGCAAGGACAACUUACAUUUUACAAAUGUGUAAGCAGUAAACUGAAGGCUUUUAUGGUGUGCUUCAGGAAAGAUUGAGUCAUGUUGCCGCUUUGCUAAUGUUCUAAUGUUCCCAAACACAUCGCCAACUUUAACAAGUGGGUUGCAGUUCUUGCUCAAUUUGGAUAAAGUCAUCGCAUGAUUCCUGAAGCAUCCUAGUUGAUUUUUCACAGUUUACCACUGAUGAAAAUGUGAAAAGCGCACAUUCUGUAUGAGAGUUUUGGAAUACUGUAUGUAGAAGAUGUGGUUCAAAACAUUUUAAGGAAAGCAUUCUUUCCUACUCUCUUUUUUUCCCCUCACCACCAAAAUGUAGUGUUUUGGUUAUAUUGUUUCUGGUUAACACUAAAGAGUUGUGUAGGUUAACAUCUGUGAACGGAAUAUUUCUCCUUUAAGUAUAUUCCACAUGUAUUCACUUAAUUGUGCAUUCAAUUGCACCCAGAUAUUGACAUUUUGUGAAAUUCUUGACGAUUUUUAGUCAAAUUAUUUUUGAUAGAUUAGUGUAAUUCAAUGGACUCCCAGCCCCUCCUCCUCCAAACUCAGUUGCAUAACUUGAAAGUAUGGAAGAUAAUUGAUGAGCAGUCAAGAUAUGAAGGAUCUUUAAACAUUCUACUUGGAGAACGUGAAGUACCCUCUACGAUCCUUUUUCAAAGAGGCCACAACUUGCAUUUGCUUGUGGAAGAGCUAAAAGACGGAAUUGUAAGGGAAGAGAUGUAGCUUUUAGUAUGUUUUUAGAGUGGUAGCAAUGUAUUUGUCUGUCAGUGAAGACGUAUUGGCCUUCUGUUUGGGUAGUUUAGAUUUGUAUAUCCUGCCACAAGGUUAGAAUUAAUACUGAGCUGUGUGGAUAUUUCAAAUCCGAGCCUUAUUCCCUGGUUUUGUUUUGUUAAUAUGCUGCCGCUUCUGCGUUUGUAAUGUGACUAGUGUAGCAUUGUUCAAGUUUAUUGUCAUGCUUUAUUUAUUACGUGGUGUUGCUUUGUUUACUUUAAAUUUGGCUUCACUUACUCACUUGGUGGAUUACAGAAGAAUUAAAAAAAUAUAUAUAUAUAUAUAUAUAUUGCUUUCCCUUACACUUGUAGAGAAAUUCAAUUAAUAUUUAUAUAUAAGGUAGAGCAAGCAAGAGUUAAUGAAUCGUGCCACAAAGGUUCAAUGUUUUCUUGAGCUAUUUUGCUACUUCAUUCAAGCUGUGUAUAACAAUUCAAGAAAUUACAUAUUGCGGUUCACCCAUAUUUACAUCUAUAGCUUCAGUGCGUUAAGAAUAACCAUAUUUUUCCCUGCAACCAUUCGUGAUCACUUAUUGACAUUGCUUUCUGUCCAUUAUUUAUAACUGGUGUCUCUCAAUCGGUUGAAUAUAAUAAGCACUUAUAUACUUUCAAUUUUAUUUUCUUUGACAAUAACCAGUUCAAAGUUGCUGCAUUUAUGCAGAGCUAAUUAGAAGUACAAAAUGCUAAAGCAUGUUCUUUCCCAGUAUAUCAAAUAUGCCACACUGCUUUUAUUUUAAGAAGAAACAGAACUUAAUGGGUCUGCAUGAAAAUAUUUUUGUUUUUAUUUUAAACUGGUUACUGGAAAAUUAGGUAAUAUCCAUGACUAUUUAGAUAGUAAGCAUACCCACAGUUUUAUGUGGUUAACAUCUUACGAAUCCAAAGGAUAUCAUGUAAGAUUUAUUUUAAAACUAUUGAAUAGGUUGGUAUUGGUAAUUGAGACCAUUACAUGCAAAUGUUAAAUAAACAAACUGAUUCACAUUGAAUCUAUGUGUAGCUUUUACCAGAGCGCUUUACAGAACACAGUUGGGAAGGAUCAGUAUUUAUAUGUUGUAACAUCAACUUGUAUGCUGUUUCGUUCCUGCAUCUCUUGGCCCAGGGUUUCCGCGAAAGAAUGCAUUAUGAGCAACAACAUCUGUAUUUAGACAUAAACUAAAGUUUCACCUUGCUAUAUAACAGUUACAUUGAUCAUUUGUGUUUAGUUUUGUCUUAGACAAUAUAUAAAUUGCAUCCACUUGAAUCUGCUGUGUUUGAGUGUAAAAGUAUUCAGCAUGGUAAGAUGCUGAAAAAUAUAUUUCCUUAAUAUUUCAGGAUAAUUGUAUUUAAAAAAAAUAUUAUUGUUGUAUUGGGUGCAUGUUUCUUUUUUAUUUAUGUAAAAAUUAUGCAAGAAGGAUUGCAAUGAUUUUGUAUUUUGCAUGUGUUUCCUAUCUGACAUCCCCGUAGCAUUUAGAUUAUUUUUAUUGCUAUCCAGUUCAAAUAAUGAGUUCACAAAAAUUCAGGGUCUGAAAAAGUAUAUUUUAUCUGCUGCUUUGCAUAUUCAGCUUGCAUCCUCACUAUAACCCAUGAUGUUCCUCCCCAUCCAUACAUUAUUUAAUGUCUUGGGUUCAAGCAAUACAAAAGUAUGAGAGAUUUAUCAGAAAAUAAAUAGGACCACAUUAUUCCCUUGUAAUCAUUAUGAACUGUUGGUGAUCCUAGAUGACGGCUGUGCACUGUUAAAAUAGAUAACCACAGCAGAUGAUUUGAGCAAAUCUGUAAACUGGAGAGAGUUGACCUUAACAUUUAUUGAAUCAUUUUAUUAGCUGUUCACUAAGCAGAUGAGACAAAAAAGUAAAACUCAUCUGUGUGAAGUAACUCUGCUUUCCCACAAUGCCUGAAUUGCUCAGAGCCAUCUUAUUAUUUAUGCAGUAUCCCUUCAUUCACUUUGUUUUUCUUCCCCACUGAGCACCUGGCAUUAUACUUAAGAGCCUUUAUCGUAAACUAUAAGGUAUCCCCAGUGUGUUUUUCUCCAAUCUUGGGCUGAGGGUUGGCAGGGAAACUGAUUCAGCCUGCACUGGGUUUGCGUUUCAAUGAUUAAAUAUUAUUCACAGAUGUAUUUUUUUGUAGGAACUAAGAAGUAGGCGUUGGUGUCAGGAUGAAGCUUCUAACAGAUAUCUGUCCUUACAGACGCAGUAUUUUGAUAUGCCAUAUAUGUCUGGUUCCUGUUUUAUUUUCUCCCUGAAUAACUCUUGUUUAAUCCACAGAGAAUUCCUUGCUUUAUUAAUUCAACUUAUGGA